AUAAAAAGCCUAAUGUUCCACGUAACACUCCCAUUUGCGAUGAACCUGCCUGUUGGAGUCUUGGAAGUGAUAUAAAGCAAAAUAUUAACCCCGACGUGAACCCUUGCGAUGAUUUUUAUGAAUUUGUUUGCGGAAACUGGGAAAACAGGUUUCCUGAUAUCAAGAACAAGCCAUUCUUUACUCAGUUUGAAAGGGCCAAGGAUACGAUAACCGCUCAAAUUAAAGAAAUAAUUGAAGAGGAGCCACGGAAUGAAAUUCUCGCCUUGAAGAAAGCCAAAAGUUGGCACAAAACGUGUAUGGACGAUGAAACUCUGAGACGGAGAGGACUUGAACCGAUUAAAGAAACGUUACAGAAACUAGGUGGAUGGCCGAUUAUACUUCCAAAUUGGACACCCGAAGAGUGGCAAGACAUUGAUCAUUAUUACACAAUUUAUAAUCACGGAGCAUCGGCUUUUUUUAAAAUAGAGAUAAUACCAGACCUUCAAAGCCAGACUGAAAGGCAAAUUCUUAAGUUGACCCCACCUCUAUUUUUGCUACCCGAGUACGUUUUUGAAAGGUCUAGUAGUCAUCAAACGGAUAUCUUGGCUUACAACGAUUUUAUAAAUACUGUUGUGAGGAAUUUUAUGCCGUCCACUGGGACUCGCGUUAAACCGCAAACAAUUUCAACAGAUAUCGGUGACAUGAUGAUCCUAGAAAUGCAGUUAACUAAGGCUGCUAAUCCUGGGACACGAAAUCGGGCAAUGCAAACAACGAGAAUGAAAAUUAGUGACUUACAGCGGCGGUACGAUCAAUCUAACGAUAGAGAUAACCCAAAAACCCAGAUAAACUGGCUCGAUGUUUUUGAAAAUAUACUGGAAGUUGCUGAUAUACAACUCGAUUGGUCGGAAGAAAUUGACGUCACUAACAUUGAAUAUUUCGAAAAACUCGCCUAUAUUCUGAAUAGCGCGUCCGAACGAACCAUUGUGAACCACAUUCAUUGGCAAUUCGUUUCACGCUGGAUAUUGUACACCACUCCAACAAUGAGAGACACCAUCCAACAGUUUAUGACAACGGUGUUCCCCAACACAGAAAAUUUCCCGAGGUGGUUAGAGUGCCUCAAAGCAAACCCUUUCAAUGAUGCAAUUAUCUAUGAAUAUUUGAGGAAAUUCGUGCCAAAUGGAAAUAAAGACAAGUUACUAGACAUCUUGACGAACACCAGGUUCGCCUUAGAUCAGCAGAUAUUAAACGCUAAUUGGAUGGAUAGACAAUCGAAGGAUGCGUCGAGAGAGAAAUUAGUAUCAAUGUACGCAUUGUUAGAGGGUCCUGUAUUUUAUCGAGAUGCUGCCGCAGUCAAUAAAUAUUACGAAUCGUUACACGUAAUACCUGAACAGUUUUUCGAAAAUGUAAAGGAACACAGGAUAGACAGCUUGAAGAAACACAUAAAAAUGACUCGUGCGGAACAUUUAGCAAAAAAGAUAUGGAAAGACGUGCUCCAGGUGAAUGCUGCCUACCAAUUCGAGGCAAAUGUUUUAACCGUUUACGCCCCGCUGUUGGCGCCUCCACUUUUUGUUUCGGGAAACUCCAAAAUGCUGCAACUCUACAAUUAUGGUUCUGUCGGAUUUAUUAUAACCCAUGAAAAUGGUCACGCCUUCGACGAUUAUGGCAGAUCAUUUAACGAACAUCAUCAGUAUCUUCCAUUGUGGACAUCAGCCACUGAGCAGCGGUUCCGAAGGAUAAGAUCAUGUUUCGUUGAGCAAUACAACGGUUAUGACAUUCCGGGAUUAAAAAAUUACACUACUAGAAAACCCGUUAAAGAAGAUGGCGAGAAGACUUUCAACGAGAACUUAUCCGAUGCAAUCGGCAUGCAAGCCGCUUUUGCCGGGUUUCAGAAAGCAAGCCGAAACGUGCCUCUGGAAAAACUUCCAUACCUGGAGGAAUACGACCACAAUCAACUUUUUUUCAUAUCGUACGGCAAUAUGUUGUGCGAUUAUAAACAAGGAUACUUUCUGAGCACUGUAAUUUUGGAUAGCGACAGACAGCACAGUAUAAACCAUUUAAGAGUAAAUGGUGUAGUUUCAAACAUGGAUGAGUUUAAUAAAGCGUUCAAAUGCAAACCGAACGAUAAAAUGAAUCGUCCGCAAAAGUGCAAAAUGUGGUGAUGCCAAACUAUCCGAAAAGAAUCUUCACGUUUAUUAUAGAAAAUAAGUAACUAUACCUCUUAAAGUACCGAAAUCACAAUACAAAAGAUGUUAUAUACACGAGCAUAAAUUAUAAGCGACUAAUUAAAUAAAAAUCAUAUCGCAAUACACGAACGCACGCCAAAUGGUUACCUAAAAGACACUUGUGUAAAUUAGUUAAGCCAAGAAAAUAUUAGGCCGCUUAGAUUCCCCUGAACUAUUUCGUAAAAGAAAACCGUAGGAUUUCGUUUAACCCACGUGUUAAAAUAUUAAAUGUUUCAGCAUUCGUAUAUGGUGGCUCUAGAAGAAAAUCUAAACUGCAAACGUUUCAAAAUGUAAUUUGCAAUCAUAGAAGUCACUUUCUUCAAUGCCUGUAGUAAGAGAAUUUCCACAUUAAAGCAGGAAAAAUACGGGUUAUCUUUCACAAUAGGACUUAUUGUUUCAAGUGUUGCCGUUUUUGGGCAUGGAUACAACGUAAUAGGGGAAUGGACGCUUGAAAGUAUUCCAAUCGCUAAAAACGAUCCUAAUCGAUGCUUUUGGAAUUUACAUUACAGAAAACGUGAUGAUAUUUGUUCAAUUGUAAGUCAGAUUGGGGAAAGAAGAAUAAAGAAUCGUCUCAAGUUGGAA